GUUUUUGUCUGUAGGAAACUUGAAAAAGAUCUUGAGGAUUUGGAGCUGCAAAGAACUGAUGCUCGCAGAACUGGCGGCCCUGAGAGGUUACGUAGCAAAGUUUAUGGAUUGAAAACUAGACUAGAAGAUCUUCACAUGGUUUGUGAAGAACAACGCGAUGAGCUUUUCACACUAAGGAGAGAUGUUCGCCUAACGCGCUCCAGAGAACUGGAGGUUGAAAGAAAUGUGUUUGCCGAUGAAAUUAUCAGGCUGCUGAAAUACAUGAAGCGCUUGAAAGCGGGGCAGAACAAGCUGAGUUGUGAGAACAGAGAACUCGCGCUUGUGAAGGACAAAGCAGUACUAUUGGAGAUUGCAAACAAGCGUCUCGAGAGCUGUCUAACAGUAAGCUUCUUCUUUUGCAAGACAAUUUUCACAAGCUUGGCUUUGCUACAGGCGAUUCACAAGAAUCUAGAGAAAACGAAGCAAGAAACUGCUGCGUUCAAGCAAAAGGCACUGGAAACGAGCAAUUCCAACAAGGCGGACGAGAAGAGACGGAGGGAGCUGGAAGACAAGGCAGCAAAGCUAACCGAGCAGCUAGACACCGAAACAGCCGAGAAGGAAAAGUGGGUCAGGAAAGCUAGCAAACUGGAGAACGAGAUCAGGAAGCUCUCCAAAGAGCUACGUGAGGCCGAGGCAGCCAAGGCCAAGUUCGAGCUACUCAACACUUCCAAAAGCCCGCCAACUCCUCCUCCACCAGCAGCAAGGAAGGCUGCGACUGCUCCUGCAGCUCCACCAUCGCCUCCACCGCCAGCAGCUGGAAAGAAGACUGCUGCUUCUCCAGCAGCUCCACCGUCGCCUCCACCGCCAGCAGCUGGAAAGAAGGCUGCUGCUUCUCCCGCAGCUCCACCAUCGCCUCCUCAAGCAGGAAAGAAGGUUGCUGCCGCUCCAGCAGCUCCAGCAUCACCUCCACCGGCAGCCAAAAAGGCUCCUGUCACUCCGGACAAAUCUGCCAAGAAGGUAUAGUGAAACACUCAAGUCAAGGACCAAACAAGAGUCCUAGAAAU